AUGCAGGACCGGCGCCGUCUGGGCACCAGCGGUUCCCAUAACGACAACCGACUACGCGGCCCGGGACAGCCGGGGCGCGGCUGGCUGCGCUCACCUGCGGGUGCGGACUCGGGAGAGCCGAGCUGUCCCCGUCCGAAGCCUGGGUGCGGGUGGAAACACCCUCGGGGCUGCGGGCGGAAACAAAGCGUCUACCCGCUGGGGCCGACGGCCCGACUCGGGAGAGGAGCCCGGGCAACGCUCGGGGUCGCCGUCCAGCCCCGCUUCUCCUCAGCUGGGCGCGCCUCUGCCGCCAGUCAAUCGCAAGAACGUGGGCGGACCGAGAACGCCACGCCGCCCAGCCCGAAGAAUGACCUUGGGAGGGAAGUUACCUGUGCUCCGGAGCCGAGGUGCGGCUACAGCCAAAGAGGCCGAGGCGGAGAGAAGCAGGGUCGGCUUCUCCCGGGGCGCGGACGUGGCUCCAGGAUCUCUGCUCCGCGGGGCUCCGGGCGGGAUGACUGGAGUCUCGGGGACCUCGGCUUCGCUCUCCGCUGCCGCCCACCUGUGACCACAGCCGGCCUCCGCCCGGGCGGUGCUUCCGCCGCCCCCGGGCCGGCGGGGUUCAGCGCCGCAGGUCCGCGAGCUUCCGGGUGCCCCGCCCCCGGCGCCGGGGAUCCCCGCCCGCCCGCACGUGCGGAGGCUCCCCCUGCCCUAGCGAGGCCCCUCCCCGGCCCGCGGCCCGGAUGCCCGCGGGAGCGCAGGAGCCGAGCUCGGGGUCCCGGAGCCGGUCCAGGCGGUCGGGCCCCGGGCUGGCCCCGCACCUCCGCCACGCCCCAGAGGCGGCCGCCCAGACCCCGCCCGGCCCCGCGGGUGCCUCGGGUUGGGAAAGGCGCGGAGGCGGAAAUACGGGAAACCCCGGAGCCCGGAGGGUUCCCGAAGUACAGGAGAGCCGUGGUUCGGCCAGUCUCUCUGAGACUACAGCAACAGGCGUUGGUGGAGCUCUCCACCGCGAAUUGUUACCGACGUACCGCCCCCAAAUUCGCUAACCUUCUCUUAAAGGCCCAUCCCUGUCCUUGA